UCUUAAGACGGUACACACCCAGGGAGAAACUCGCAAUGAUUGAUGGAUAACGCUUCUGAAACUGAAAGUUUGUGAAUAUAAUUGACCGAAGUGUGUGCCCACUGUGUGCGAUUUAUGUCUCACAUAAUCUGCUUGCAUGGAGUUUGAAUUAACUUUCUGCGCUAGGGACAAACACGACCAGGAAGUAGAAGAUUGCAAGAGCAGCGUUGCAGGGAAGUCUCAGGCGACGGCACUUCUCCGCUUGUGUCCUCUAGCUGUCACGGCACACUUGAUGUCCCUGCGCAUGGACGCACGCGAAUCUUGCUUGACUUGACCGUAGACUGCACCUGUGUUGAUCGAGCGAGGUCGGUGAGAUUGGUCCCGACGUUGUGAACAGCAGGGCUCACUACAAUUCCCACAGCGCAGACUGCUCUUGCGGCGAAAAAUUAAUUUCGAGUGACCAAAAAGAGGAGUUCAGAUAGAAUUUUUUCUCCUUUUUAUUCUUAUUGUUUAGUCCUGACUGCGGAUCUGUUUAAAUUCUUGGAAUUUAGGCUUAUUCAGAGGAGUUUGUGUGGAGGAGGAUCGUGCACAAAGCACGCGCCAGCGAUGAUAGACGAGGAGGUUAGGCGGGAUUGAAUCGGAUUGAGCUGGGACGAAUGGCGGAACAUGAUGCUCAGCUCCGCAGUAUGCAUCCGAGGAAGCGGAACGAGACGUUGAGGCUGAUCGUUACCACCUUUUUAAGCAUUGCGUUGGGGUUUUUCAUAGGAAUCUUCUUCAUAAGGUUCGGGUUGACGAAUGGAUUCGGAAAUGGAAUUUUCAUGGCUGAUGAUGUUCACAAAUAUGACCCCAUGUCUUCUGUACCAUCUCGACAUCCUCGUGGAACUGAGGGACUACCGCUAGGUAUUAUCAUUCCUGAGUCGGAUCUGUACCAGCGCAGAUUGUGGGGUAAGCCUGAUGAGGACCUGCCUGCGAAUCCAUCGAAGCACCUUGUGACUUUCACUGUGGGCAUCAAGCAGAAGGACAUUGUCAACAAAGCUGUCCAAAAAUUUCCAAAAGAGUGGACUAUUUUGUUGUUUCACUACGAUGGAAACACAGAUGCCUGGAAUGAAUUUGAGUGGUCCAAAACUGCCAUCCAUAUCAGUGCCAAGAAACAAACAAAGUGGUGGUACGCUAAGCGCUUUUUGCACCCUGAUAUCGUAGCUCCGUAUGAUUACAUAUUUAUAUGGGAUGAGGAUUUGGGUGUCGAUCAUUUUGAUGGAGAAAAGUACAUCGAGCUUGUCAAGAAAUAUGGCCUCGAAAUCUCCCAGCCAGCUUUGGAACCUGACAGGGGAUUGACAUGGCAGAUGACCAAACGUAGGUCUGAUGUCGAGGUGCACAAGAUCACAGAAGAGCGACCCGGAUGGUGCAAGGAUCCAAAUUUACCACCAUGCGCUGGGUUUGUGGAAAUCAUGGCACCUGUAUUUUCCCGCAAGGCAUGGCGAUGUGUGUGGCAUAUGAUCCAAAAUGACCUGGUACACGGUUGGGGGCUAGACAUGAGUAUGCGAAGAUGUGUUGAGCCUGCUCAUGAAAAGAUAGGAGUUGUGGACGCACAAUGGAUUAGGCAUCAAGUAGUGCCUUCUCUUGGAAAUCAGGGAGAGUCGAAGGACGGGAGACAGCCAUGGGAAGGGGUCCGUGAGAGAUGCAGAUACGAAUGGAGACUAUUUACUGAUAGAAUUGAGGCAGCAGAAAAGGACCCAACGCCUGUGUAGAAACCCAAAGAAUCUAGAAGGCACUUUGCAGGACCGUUCGAAUACAUUGCUUGAUAUUUCGUCUUUAAAAAAGUUGAUGAUUCAUUUGAUUACAGUUACAAACACGGAUUUGGAUACCAACCUCAGUCUCAGAAGUUUGGAGCUCCUGACUUAUUACAGGUGUUGAUUCUUCCAUUUGUACCUAAUUUUUGUUUACCUCUCUAAUUCCUUUUUAGACUCAAAGGCAGCCACACAAUGGGCGAAACGUAUAUCUGUGGUACUGAGACCUGAACUUGCAUCUGCUGAAGGGAUCUGGGUUUCAGUAUGUGCUUCAGGUGGAAGUUUCGACAAUCCGUCAGGAGACGAAUAAGUCACUUGCCGAAUCAUUCACAUAUGCCGAUGACUUAAAGCGUUUGAACUUAUCCAAAGUGUUUCAAAAAGUUUGUAGCAGGUGAUCAGAGCAUUCAUGGGGUCCUCAUUAUUAAGCUGUAGUUAGUCAAAUGUUCAUUGACUCGAAUUUUUACGGAACAACACUAUUGAAAAGUCAUCAUAAGGAAGGCUCUAGUAAUCCACAUUGUCAAC